UCCAAAGCACACACCGCACCGCUCCGGAACUCAACAAGCGUGUACCGGUGGCGCGCGCGAUGGCCGGCGACGCAACCACGACGACGACACGCAAGCAGGUGGUGCUGUACCCCUCGCCCGGCAUGGGCCACCUCGUCUCCAUGAUCGAGCUCGGCAAGCUCUUCGCUGCUCGCGGCCUCGCCGUCACCAUCCUCAUCGUGAAGCUGCCGUUCGAGGACACCGGCGCCAGGGGGCCCUUCCUGGCUGGCGUCACCGCGGCCAACCCCUCCAUCACCUUCCACAGCCUCCCGCAGGUCGACCUCCCGCUCGUCCUCCAGUCCGACCACCCCGAGGCGGUAACCUUCGAGGUCGCCCGCGUCUCCAACCCCGACCUCCGCGACUUCCUCGCCGCCGCCUCCCCCGCCGUCCUCGUGGUGGACUUCUUCUGCAGCGUCGCCCUCGACGUCGCCGCAGAGCUUGGCAUCCCCGGGUACUGCUUCUUCACAUCUGGCGCCGAGGCGCUGUGUCUUUUCCUGUACCUGCCCGUCCUGCACGCUCAGACCACGGCGAGCUUCCGGGACAUGGGCGAGGAGCUCGUGCACGUGCCAGGAAUCUCCUCGUUCCCGGCGUCGCACGCAAUCAAGCCGAUCAUGCACCGCGACGACGCGGCGUACAGGGGAUUCCUGAGCGUGUCCCCCUACCUGUGCCGCUCCCAGGGCAUCAUCGUCAACACCUGCCGCUCGCUCGAGCCGCGCGCCGUCGACGCGAUCGGCGCCGGGCACUGCACGCCGCCAGGACUCCCGACACCUCCUGUCUACUGCAUCGGGCCGCUCAUAAAGUCGGAGGAGGUGGGCGUGAAGCACGGCCAGGAGUGCCUCGCCUGGCUGGACUCGCAGCCCAAGCACAGCGUGGUGUUCCUCUGCUUCGGCAGCCUCGGCGUGCUCGGCGCCAAGCAGAUCAGAGAGAUAGCGGUCGGCCUGGAGGCCAGCGGCAAAAGGUUUCUGUGGGUCGUGCGGAGCCCGCCCAGUGACGACCCGGCGAAGCGGUUCGAGAAGACGCCGGAGCCGGACCUCGGCGCUCUCCUCCCGGAGGGCUUCCUCGACCGGACCAAGGGCACGGGCCUCGUCGUCAAGUCGUGGGCGCCGCAGCGCGACGUGCUGGCGCACGACGCCGUGGGCGGGUUCGUCACGCACUGCGGAUGGAACUCCAUCUUAGAAUCGGUCAUGGCCGGCGUGCCCAUGCUGGCGUGGCCACUCUACGCGGAGCAGCGGAUCAACAGAGUGUUCCUAGAGAAGGAGCUGGGCCUGGCCGUGGCGGUGGAAGGGUACGACAAGGACCUGGUCGAAGCCGACGAGGUGGCGUCCAAGGUGAGCUGGAUUGUGGACUCUGACGGCGGCAGAUUCCUCCGAGAACGGACACUGUCGGCCAUGCGACAGGCUAAGGAGGCAAUGCGCAACGGCGGUGAAUCGGAUUUGACAUUGGCACGGCUGGUGGACGGCUGGAUGCUUGCAUGACAUGGUCGGUGAGAUAACAGGUAAGGUGGGUGGGGUUGUUUGAGCAGGUGUAACAUGACGAA